UCCCAUCCAGGGCCUCGCCUGGCCGAGUGCCCUCGGCCUCCGAAGUUUAUUCUGGGCCUCCAUGUGAGUGUGACCCAGUGCUGGAUUGGAUAGUUUGAAGACGCACUACAAUGCCCAGGAUUCAAUGCGCUGGUCCCAGUUUGCGCAUGCGGUCAGGAUCCCAAGUAUAGGUCGUCUUUCAGCGACGGUAUAUCUUCAGCUUUGGCCGACUGGGUUGAAUGGGCAGCCCUGACCGUAUCUGCUGAUGCUGCACAGAGUCCUCCAUAACACUCGACCCCUUCUCAGCACUCUCUCCUUCUCCUGGAACACCGUCCCAGCCCGGCCUCGGAUGGACACCAGCCGGCCGGUUGAGCGCACCAUAUGGGCCAAGCUGACCCAGGCCCUGGAUCCGAAGCACCUGGAGGUCCUGAAUGAGAGCCAUAUGCACGCAGUCCCUCCUGGGUCGGAGUCUCACUUCCGGGUGCUGGUGGUGAGCUCCCGCUUCGAGGGGCUCUCCCUGCUGCAGCGCCACAGGCUGGUGAAUGAGGCGUUACGAGCAGAGCUCAGCAGCUCUGUGCACGCCCUGGCCAUCCAGGCCAAGACACCAGAGCAGUGGCAGGAAAACCCCACCCUAGCCAAGAGCCCACCGUGCUUGGGGGGCUCAAAGCAUGACGACACUGUGGCUGAAAAACUAAAAGCAGCUCAGGACUGAGCCAGGAUCAGUCAGUGUGCACUGGUGCGGGCAACGAGAUAAGGGUGAGAUAUUAACAGUAUCGACACGAGCAUUUCAUCAUCUUACUGUUAAAAUGGAUGUUUGGAAUUUCUAUACAUGGGAGUCAACACUGCUGUGUAAUAAGCAGCUGAAAUGUGCAUCCACGUCAUUUAACAGCAAGGCCUUCUAUUAUACACAAUGCUGUGUAAAUAUUCGCUUUGCUUUAUUUAGACAAAAGAAUGUUGAUGACUUCAGAUGUGUCACUAAUUAGUAUUUGGGGAUUUACCCAAGUGGACAACAGACAAAUGGCUUGGCAGUGCAAACCAAUUUAUAUUUCAAAUCUGUCAACAAAGACUGUUCUAAAAAGUGUUAUGUUAUAUUGUUUUUUAUUGUUUACCAGUGUAUUUUUAGUGUUAGAAAUGUACAUUAAAAUCUGACUCCUGUACCUGUCAUAGAGUGAUUGGAGACAGGAUAGUUUUUCAUUUGGCUUUUGUGAAAGACCAAACAUAUUUUGGAAUGAAUUUAGAUUCAUUUUAAUUGUACGAAUUUGUACCUUAUAUCAAAUUGCAUAUCAAAUACAUAAUAAAAGGAAAAUGGAACUUUCCCCCCCCCUCAAAAACCGUU